CGCAUCCAACUCAGCUCUGUGCUUACACACCCGCCAAUGAAAAUGCACGCUUGAAUCAAGAGGAAAGGGAAAGCCAGGAGAUCAUGGGGCACGUUAGAGUGAGAUAAAUCCCCGCCAAAGAGAACAACAGAGGUUGACGGCUCCCCUAAAUCCCGUCACAUUUGCCAGUCACCUGAAAACGUGAUUGAUGUGGGUGUGGAAGGGCGUGUGCGUGGCUAAGAGUGAAAGUGGAGUAUGACAGUCCCACAGAGAUGCUGAUGGCAAUGAACGGGCAGACGCGAGACACCAUCACCCAGCAUUCCUAAUGCGUCCUUCAUACUAGAUCAAGAGCAGAGUACAGGUAGCCGCGCGCGGAAGGUGCAUCUGCACACCUGUGACCAACUGUAUUUUUUACCGACUGUUUGGCUCCGCUGUCAAAUGCUCUGUGCGCGAGAUACUGUCUGCCUUCUUUGGACUGCUCACUGUAUGCACAGGCUUUUCGUGACUUUUAUACCUGUGUUCACCAGACUUUAACAUACUGACACACAGACUUUCUUGAAGAUAAUAAUUCUGAAGACAGAGGAUCUUGAAAAACAUAUCAAGGAUGGACAGCAGUCCUGGGAGUGUGAUACUCUACGCUGGUAGCAAUGGCAGUGCCAGUCCAAGCCCAGGAAGCCCCUCUAGUGGCUAUCAAACCCAGUCUCCGUCUUCUCAUUCCCAGCCCUCUUCCCCAGAGGAGGUCACCUUCACUGAGAUUGGGGCCCUCAAGCAGCAAGGAAGUGUGGGAACGCCACCUUCUCCAAAACUGGUAUUUCAGUUCCCUGAAAUCUACAACAACUCUACUGCAGGUUCAAACCCGCACAGCUACUCCCAUCCUAUCGCUGGUAAAAGGCCUUGUGGAUUCACUGGCACGUUUACCAAGACUGGAGGCAUGGUGCUCCUUUGUAAAGUAUGUGGAGAUAUCGCAUCAGGGUUCCACUAUGGUGUCCAUGCAUGUGAAGGCUGCAAGGGCUUUUUCCGCCGCAGCAUUCAGCAGAACAUUAACUACAAGAUGUGCGUGAAGAACGAGAACUGCCUGAUAAUGCGCAUGAACCGCAACCGCUGCCAACACUGCCGCUUCAAAAAAUGCCUGUCUGUUGGCAUGUCCCGUGACGCUGUGCGUUUCGGCCGCAUCCCAAAACGAGAGAAACAGCGGCUUUUGGACGAGAUGCAGAGCUACAUGAAUAGCCUCAACGAAUCGUCCACCAUGGGCAUGGAAACCUCCCCACCACACGAACCUCCUCCCAGCCCCAGCAAGAACCAAUCCAAAGAGGCCUUAUCCCGAGCCUACCAGGACAUCUUCACAAACACACAGGACCACCUUAGCAAGCGUGCGGGCAACAUGAACACCAGCAGUAGAUCGAGCACCUUUCAAAACAGCCCUUCUCAGGACAGCAACUAUCCUCAUGUGAACCCUCUCGUGGGGUAUCACGCGACUACUCAUGAAAGCUUCACGGCCCCGCCUCGCUGCCCAGUUGCUUCCAGCAACAGCAAAUGCCCGGUCUCAUUGGUGGACAAUAAUUGGUACAGCUACGCUGCUUCAUUCAGCCAAAAUCACUCCCAGUCUAGCGUUAGCCAGCCCUCACAACAUACUCAGGCCGAUUACAACAUCUAUGCAGCUGGCGAGUCCCAAAACCAGGCCUCGUGUCCGUUUAAGUUGGCUGCUGGCUCCAAAGUGCUGGCCUGUCCACUGAACGCAUACCCAGUGUCAGCACCUGGCGUCUCCAGUCAGCAGGUGUGGGAGUCUUUCUCACGGUGCUUCACGCCGGCUGUACGUGAAGUGGUCGAGUUCGCGAAGGGCAUUCCAGGCUUCCAGGAGCUUUGCCAGCAUGAUCAGGUCAUGUUGCUCAAAGCAGGCACUUUCCAGGUGCUUAUGGUGAGGUUUUGCUCACUGUUCAACCACAAGGAAAGAACAGUGACUUUCCUGAAUGGGCAGACGUACCCGCUGGUCACCCUUAGGGGUCUGGGCAUGGGCUCCUUGCUGAAUGCCAUGUUUGAGUUCAGUUCCAAGCUGAGCUCUCUGGGCCUGGAGUCAGAUGAGAUGGCUCUCUUUAUGGCUGUGGUGCUGGUUUCUGCAGAUUGCUCUGGCAUUUUGGAUACAGUAGCUGUGGAGCAGUUACAGGAAGGACUCAUCCGAGCGCUGCGCACCUUAGUCACCCGCCGCCGCCCUGAUGACAACUCUCUUUUUCCCAAACUGCUCCUGCGCCUGCCAGACCUGCACACCCUCAACAACCUUCACUCCGACAAGCUGCUGGCCUUCCGUAUCGAUCCCUGAGCUAUCGGUCGCUGCAGCUGGAACUCAACCAAAGGCCACGACUGGCCAAUCAGAGAACACCUUUCCUGGUUAAGAGAAAGACUGCUCAUUUAGAAGAAGAUAUGUGGAGCAUGUUCCCACAGGAACCAUUUGUUAUUAUGUGUGUUAAUGAGCAACACAAUGAACAGAUGGCUCUCAGCAAGCUCUAAACAAGACUAUAUCUCCAUUUAAGCUUUCACGGAUCAUUUUCAUACAUGCAUUGCCCUUCUGUUCAGCUCGCCUUGAGAGCAUUGUUGAUUAUAUUUAUCCAAGGGAAAGUUGCACCAGUCAUAUCAUCAUAAAUAAGCUUACACAGAACUUUUGAAGACCAAAAACGGGUCAUUCCUCUGUACUGCCCGCACAUUGAAGUACACAGUCUUUAGUCAAGUACACCAUGUAUACAGUAGAAAGGUAACCAUUUAAAGCCAAUUGCAUGAGUGAAUGUGCCUAUGUGUUCGAGAAAGGGACAGAAAUACCAUGUAUAUCAGCCAUAGAUAUCACGUAUACAGUCACAUCACAUUAACACUUCAGUUUGAGACAAGAAAAAUUUGUCACCUGUGUUAGUGUGUAACAUUUAAUUACACAAGAUUUACUGUAUCUACAACAACUCUAGUUACCAUUUAAGUUCUUUGAAAAUGAAAAGAAACAGAUUUUAAAUGUCAUUUCACUUUUGAAAAUGGAUAAAACUGUCAUACUUGUUAGAAUACAGUAUGUCAAAGUAUAUUUCCACACAUUCUCCUUUAUUAAUACAUCUGAAUCUAGGGAUACAAAACCAGCACUCUCCCCUACGCAUGUUAUGUUUUGUAGUUUUCUGUUGUUUUCUUAUUGAAAGUAUUGUACAUUUACACUGAUCUAACUGCCUGUUCAGAGAAAGAGGGAUACGCAGUGAUGGGGCGUUUGGUGCCUUGUAAGCAUUGUGUGUGUCGUGAGAAAGAGUCCCUGAACUUCUGGCACCAGCACAGUAUCAUUACAGCCUUUACUAAGAUCACAAAGCAUGUCAAAAAGGCAUUUUGGGCUGCCAUGUGGUUGAUUUGAUCAGCUGAGCCUAUUCUUAUUAUGGCUGGUAAAUGAAUGUUAUUCAAUCAUAUGGUAAUGUAUAUUUUGUAAAAAAAAAAUC